GCUACCGGCGGAGUGCGGCGUGCCCACAGCGGCAGCGCGUUGACGACAGCCGCCUUUGACUCGUUUCUUGUUCCCUAGUUACGAGAGAGACGCGACCUGACGGAUGUUGGUGGAAUUAACGCGUGAGUGUUGUGCACAGGGAACGGUCGAGUGAUCGCUGUGUGUGCAGUGAUUUAAGUGAGUAUUCCGCCGAGAAUCACUUCUGCUGGCAACUGCUUAGAUUGUCGGCACAACGCGAGAGGGCACUGGGCCCGAUUUGAUGUUGAGAUGCGGACAAAUGCGAGGUGAGGUCUACAAGAUGAUGUCAGGAUUAUUUAACCGAAAGGAAACUCGGGCCUUAAAACUCGUAGCUUCUGGAAAUAUAAACAGAAUGUUAGAGGAAGAGGAUAUCACUACCACUUCAGCUUAUGCAAAAUGUCAAGAUGAAUUACGCAGGCCGGUUGCUGUCAGAGCGAUGAAACAGUCUACAAAUGAAGAAAAUUACGUCAAGGAUUUUGACUAUGAGCUAAUGAAGGAUUUUGGUAUCAAAACAAGAACUGCAAGCUCUGAGAAAACAGAGAAGAAACCAUUGAUGUGUCAUUAUGUGUUUCCAGAUUAUGAGAAACCAAGAAGAAUAUUUAUGAAGAAUACAAAAAACAAUGAUGCUGAACUUAAUAUUUUAACUAUCACAGAAAAACCAGCAGAACACCAUCACAAUAAUGACCAAUGGAGCCCGCCAUCUUUUUUGAAAUCUGCAAAGAGUAACUGGAGAGAAAAUGAGGGGAAAGCACCUAUCCCUAAACCAAGGGACUAUAAAAUGAAACAAUCAUCUUCAACAGAAAGGGAAACGAAGAGUUCACUUUCAGGUGAAUCUCCAAAACCAAGACCACGUUACAAUCUUUUGAAAGAUGAAAGAAAUUAUUUGGAGAAGCAAGACGAUAACCUUUUUAAUAUGUCUCAAUCGCCGUUUUCUUCAGCUGUCAAACACAAAUUGCACUCUGGAGGUUCACAUUCUGAGUAUUCAAGAAGUGCCAGUCUUCUGUCAAAAGCAUCAUCAUUAAACAUAAGCAGAAGUACAUCAUCAAUACCCGAUGCCAGGUUUGCAGAUUAUAUUGAAGCACAAGUGCAAUCUCCUACAGAUAGUGAUGUCACAGGCAGCUAUGCAAAUGAUAGAAUCAAUGGGAAGAUAUCACCCAUUGCUGGGGCACAAUUUGAAGAUAAUAACACAAAUGAUGAAGUGAAAACUAAAUUAAAGCACUUGUUACGAGCAGAAGCGAAUGUAGAUCAUUGGCAAUCUCAAAUGUUUAAACCCAACUUGGAGCAACAUGUCACUGAUCAUGCCAUCCCGGACUCUUUCAUGAGGAAUUCUUCCAAAUUGAAGGAGAAAGACCAAGCUAGGAUGGAAUGGAUUGGGAACAAGGGUCAAAAUCCAAAAUCACAUCGAAAAUCAAAUGAUAGCAGGUCUCUGAAUUCACCCGUGCAGACCAUGGGAAGAUCUUCUGCUGGAAAAAGUCCACAAUCCAAAACAACUGAACCUCGAUAUUUGGGAACAUUAAAAAUCUUGGACAGCAAAGCUUUACCAAAUGAAACUUCUAACCUUGAAGCUCCAGACACUAUCAGGGCAUCUAUUUAUCAGGUGUGGUUAGAACGGAAAAAACACCUUCUUCAUGAAGAUAAAAAACAACAAAAGCUCAAGACACAACAUGAAAAUGAGAAGAGAGAGCAGAUUAUUGAGAAUAAAGAAGAUGCAAAGGCAUCAUUCGAGGCCUGGCGGAGAAAAAAGAAAAAUGCAUUCCAAAGAACUGAUGAUAAGAAGAAAGAAGAGGAAAGAGCAAAGCAACAAGCAGAAGCAGAGAAAGAGGAGAAGAAGGGAGAAGCAGAAAAGGUAUUUGAAAAAUGGAAAGAAGAAAAAGAUCAAAAUCUAAAAGGAACUUUACAGAAGCAAAAGCAAAUUAAAAGAGAGAAAAAGGAAAAAGAAAAAGAGCAAGUCACUGAACGAAAGAAGGAAAAUACUUCAGCUUUUAUGAAAUGGAAUGAAAAUAAACGAAUAGUACUGAAACAAAAGAAGAAAGAGAUUGCAAAAGAUGAGCAGAAAAAGAAAAUUGAAGAAGAAUAUACAAAAACUGGAAGAGAAGAGAUGGCAGCACUAGUGUAUGAGAAAUGGCUGGAACAGAAAGACAAAAAGGAAAAGAAGCAAAAGAAAAUCAAGAGUGCUUCAUACAGCGACCCACCUCCUCCCUGGAGCCCCCCUAAUAAAACAAUACCAUUUAGAAAAUGAACAUUAUUAUAACUGGUAAACAGGCAGUGGAAUUCAUAGAGCAAAUUAUUGCCAAUUAACAAUGUUUUAUAAAAGUAUGGUUUUAAGAAAGAACAGUAUUUUAAUCUAUGAUCAUUUAAACAUAAACCAGAGACCAUUCAGCCCAUCACAUCCAUACUGACCAGUGGGCAUCCAUCUGUAUUUAAUCCAUCUUCCAGCGUGGCCCAUCACCUUCCAUGCCAAGACAAUUGAAGUGUUUAUCCAGAAACAUCUUAAAUCUCAUCAGCGACUGCUUCCACCACACUCACUGUGCAUUCUAGUAACUCACCAUUCUCUAGUGAAAAAGGUCCACCUCAGAACCUCUUCCCACGUAAGCAAAAUCUAUGUCUUACACUUAUCUACCAGUUUAUAUGGGAAAAUGUUUCCUGCAGUCUCUACCACUCCAAAACAUCAUGUACAGUACCUCAGUUAUGUCCUCUCAACCUCCUUUAGAGUUUAGAGAUACAGCAUGGAAACUGGCCCUGGGCUCACCAUGUCCACGCUGUCUAUCGUUUACACAUUCACACUAUGCUAUUCCACUUUCUCAUGCACACCCUGCAUACUAGGGGGAAUUUACAGAGGUCAAUUAACCUGCAAACCCGCACGUCUUUGGGAUGUGAGAGGAGAGCGGAGCACCUGGAGGAAACUCACGCGGACACAGGAAGAACGUGUAAACUCCACACAAACAGCAGCCAAGGUCAGGAUCGAACUCUGGUCUCUAGCGCUGUGAGGCAGCGGCUCUACUAGCUGCACCACUGUGCCACUCCCUUUAUUUCAGGUGUACUAAGAUUUUAAAUAAACCACCACGAUGAACUGAAAAAGAAAGCUGACACCUUGAAGACAGGGUUGUAAAUAUAUUUCCCCCUUCCCCCACCCAAAACAAACACUUAGACAAACCAAUAAAACCAAAAAAAGUCGAAAUAACGAACACACUACUGGCAGGGCAUCCGACUCGCAGAGCCCCCAACUGACCGAUACUUUCAAUCUUGAAACUCGUGGAACUUAGAGACAGCACUCCGCUCUGCAACUGGAUUCUCGACUUCCUAACCAACAGACCUUAAUCAGUAAGAAUUAGCAAAUCAUCCUCUAUGAUAAUCCUCAACACUGGUGCCCCGCAAUUAUGUGUUCUCAGCCUCCUGAAGUAGAGAUGGUCGAAAGCUUCAAGUUCUUAGGAAUAAAUAUUCUAGCAAUUUGUCCUGGUCCAACCACAUCGAAGCUUUGGCCAAGAAAGCUCACCAACGCCUUUACUUGCUAAGAAGGCUGAGGAAGUUUGGCGCAUCCCCUACAACCUUCACCAACUUCUACAGAUUCGCCGUAGAAAGCAUUUUAUCAGGAUGUUGUUGACGUAUCCCAGACCAUCACGCAAACCAACCUCCGUUCCACGGACUCCAUCUAUACUUUGUGCUGCCUUGCCAUGGCCACCGGCAUAAUCAAGGAUCACAGUCUCUCGUUCUCCCCUCUCCCAAUAGGCAAGAGGCAUAGAAGUUUAAAAACACAUACCUCCAGAUUCCGUUUUUUCCCAGCUGUUAUCAGGUAAAUGAACUGUCUUCUCACCAACUGGAGUGUGGUCCUGACUACCCAUCUACCUCUCGAGACCUUUACACCAUUUUGUAAUCAGAAUUAUUGGACUUCAUCUUGCACUAAACGUUAUACCAUUUAUUCUGUAUCUGUACACUAUAGAUGGCAUGAUUAUGAUCAUGUAUAGUCUUCUUUAAGUGGAUAGCAUGGAACAAAAAGUUUUUCACUGUACCUUGGCACACAUGAGAAUAAUAAGCUAAACUUUUUUUUCUGCACCCUUUCCAGCUUAACAACAUCUUUCCUAUAAUAGGGUGACUCUCCCACUAGUGGAAACAUCCUCUCCACGUUCACUCUAUCCAGGCCUUUUACUAUUCGGUAAGUUUCAAUGAGGUUCCCCCUCAUCCUUCUCCUCAAUUCUUCAUAUGCGAGAGGUCUGAUGGGUACGGCUGAUGAACUCAGGGUGUGGAUAGGUACAUGUGACUGGAACGUUAUAACCAUUAGGGAAACCUGGCUAAGGGAGGGACAGGAUUGGCAGUUUAAUAUUCCAGGUUACAGGUGCCACGGACGAGACAGAGGUGGGGUUAAAAGAGAAGGGGGAGUUGCUUUAUUGAUUAAGGAGAAUGUCAUGGCAGUAGUCUGAGACGACAUUACUGAUGGUUUGGCCAAUGAGGCUAUCAGAGUGGAGCCAAGAAAUAAAAAAGGGAUGAUUGUUGGGAGUGUACUAUAGGCUCCAAAGUAGUCAAUGGGAAUUAGAACAACAAAUAUGCCAACAGAGGCAGCUGCAAGACUUACAAGGUUGUAAAAAUAGAGGAUUGUAACUUUCCCAAUAA